AUGCGUAGAAAUAGGCAAAAAUAUAAGCUAUACUUUGAACCUCAAAGUAAGGCAAAGAUACCUCGCCAGACACUGUGUCGACAUGACAGGCCAAGUGUUGAUGUUGAUGUUGACGAGGAAGAGAGCCAAACAGCCAAUGAAACAGGUGUUGGUCAGUCUGACUUUGUGGUGGCUGACAUGGUGGAUAUGUUUGUACUGCUGAUCCCACCAGCAGGGGGAGAUAAACUACAGGUGGUUUGUGUAUCUUCUCAGAUAGGGCAGGAUGUGACUGAGCUGUGGGAAACCAUGCUACAGUUCAGGGAUGUGAUGCUGAGCACUGGGACGCUCAAAUUCCGAUGGCAAAAUCAACAGAAGGUGUGGCUGUGGAACCUGAUCCAGGAGAACGCUGUACAACACUUCCAGUAGCAUCCAGCUGUGUUUUUUGAGCUCCCAGAGCCGGAACGUCAAGUCACGUGGCUCCUUCUUAAAGUCUUCA